AGCGUUCAGUGGCGAUCAUUAAAAUCGUCCAAAAUGGCGACUCACAUGUUGCGAAAAUCAUGUUAUAAUUUCCUUCGAUUUUCAACGCUACGACAGCACGCUGCACGACAAAUUUCAGUACUAGCAAACCGUAAUGUAUUUUCAAUCGACAGAAUCAAUAAACAGCCGCAUUUGGUGGAGAAUUCGCGAGUUUUUCGACCUCCUAUAUUGCAAGUGAAGUAUUUUAGCGAUGGGCCUGCUUUAACGGCGGCUGAGCUUGAACAGCGAACGCUCGAAGUUAUUAAGUCGUUUGAUAAAGUUGAUCCCGAUAAGGUGAGAAAAUAUGUAAACUUUAAGUGAACAAAUUUUUUUUCAAAACUAAAUUUGUACAUUGAAUAAUUUGUAUUUUUAAUUUAUUUGCACCCCCCCCCCCCGUCCUCAGGCCAGACUGCACAGUAGGGUAAGUGCACACUCGAGAAAUUUUGUCCAAUAACUUUUCACACUUGAAUAACUAUGCUUGUGCCUUCCUGGCAUUGAAUUGAAGAUUUUGGGCAACAAAAAGUUGGUUUUGGUCAAUUUGUAUUGUGAGGGAUAAAAUUGGUGGGGGAUAAAAUUUCCGGCAAAUUAGCGCAGUCAAAUUACCUGGUGAUGGAAAAAGCUCAUUCUUUAAACAAGACAUGUGUGACUUAAUUUUUUUUGUUGGUGGCUUACUGCUUAGCCCCCCUGUGAAAACUGUGAUGGUUGCUAAAGCCCCCCCCCCCCAAGUUUAAACUCAAUUAAGGAAUAUUUCAUUGACCACAAUGUUAGCAAUUUUGUUCACUUUGCCUUUUAGGCCAAAUAAAAAAAAUUGCUGGUUUCAGGUUUCACAGCCAUGUUUUAUAUGGGUAGGUAGGUCGGAAAAACAUUUUAUUUAAAAAAAUAUUUUAUAUCAAGUAUGCAAUAACAGGAUAACCCGUGAGCUACAUGUUUUUCACGAGAAAUAAACGCAUCAAGGCGUUUUCGUCUUUUUUCAGCAGUAGCUGCCAUUUCAGAUACGUUUUUAAUAUUUUAUUCAACUGUUCUUUGUGUAAAACUAUGAUUAACAUGACUGUAUGAUUAAAUUAUAAGCAAACAAAAUAAUUUGUAGAUAAACAAGUCUAAUGACUAUUUAUAUAUUCGGCUAUUUAAGAUCUCUACUGGGAAAAGUCAAUAAAAUGUUUAUGGUCGGUCAUAUUUUUUGACAGGUCGGUCGGAAACCUGAAACCAACUAUUAUUUUUAUUUGGCCUUAGGCAGUGAUCAAGAAUCUUCAUAUUAUUAUCUUAUUCUGAUCUUGCCCCCCUCCCCUAUGUUUACUUCUCAGGGGGUGUUAUAGCCCCCCCCCCCUUGUUCUAGUAGAUUUUGAAUUGGCUUUUGGAAUGCAUAAGGCCUCCCAUGACAAGUCAGACUCUUUCACAUUGUGGAUAUGUGGUCUCCCUUUGACAAGUAUCCCUGGCAUUAGACAGAGUAAAAUAAUAAAAUUAAUUUAUAAUGGCAUGCAAUGCAAUAGUUAAUUAAAGUGUAUUUUACUGUUCUAGGUAACAGUAGAUGCUCAUUUUAUUAACGAUAUGGGCUUGGAUAGCCUUGACGUGGUAGAUAUACUUAUGGCUUUUGAGGAUGAAUUUGGUAAGAUAUUGAGAGAGAUAUGACAGUCGUCUUUUACUGGUGCAAGUUAAAUUGGAACCACCCUUCACUUGUGUGACUAAGGGAAAUUUUAAUCAGAUUGGGAAGGGAAAUUAUAUGAUCACAUAACUUCACACUAUAGGUUUGAUGUCAAGUAUCUCAGGGAUGAAUCUGGUGGGAGAUGCUCAUUCAGUUUUGGUCAUGGUCCAGGGUGUGGCUGUUGACCACAAAGUGUAAUCACUUAUCACUAUAAGAAGCUACAGCAAAAAGGCACUAUUAAAAAUUUCACAAUCAUGUUACUAUCUCAUUUUGUCUGUAUUUUAAUUUUGUCUUUGUGAUUGCCUAAGUUCCAAAUUCAAAAAAUGGAUUGGAUAUGAAAAUUGACAACCCCUUGCUCCCCCCUCCCGGCAAGGCUUGGCAAGGCAAUCCAUCCCUGAAGCAUUUUUUCUGUGAACUAGGUGUGGAAAUUUCUGAUGAACAAGCAGAAAAGAUAUUCACUCCAAAGGAAGCGAUAGAGUUUAUGAAAACGUUUCUUGACAUCCAUGAUCAUUGAAAGGUAUAAUUCUAAUAGUGAUGUACCCAUGGCCAUAAAGUAAAUUAUGCAAUGUAUUUGUGUGUCACAGCCAUAUUUAUUUUGUUUUAUCCCUCUUUUGUAUAGGCUAAGAUAAUAUACAGAAUUCUUUUGAAAGAAGUUGAUAUUUUAUUGUUAUCUAUUUUAUAUCACAUAAAGCACAAAGCAUGGAUAAAAAGUUAUGGAUGAAAAAAGGACAACUAUACAGUAGUUAUAUUUGUAAUAAAGUAUUUGUGACAUGAUUGCCUUGAACCUUGUCAAUUACCAUUGUCAGUUUUUGGAGAGUAUAUCUGUCAUGGUGUUGGUGAUUUUAAAGAGCUCAAAAUGA